AUGGCCGGUGACGAGCAACCCGUCGUACACACGACUCUCGAGACCGACCGGCGUCCUUUCGAACCACCCUCAGAGCCCUCACAGCCAUCGGACAAGCUCAUCAACCCCAGAAUUGAGGUCGAGCCAAGCACCUGGACGCCCUUCACCACGACCGUCGAAGUCAUCCUCUCCGACAGCUCUGGCCUGCACACGACCCUCGAACAAGUCAUCUUCUCCACGCCUCCACCUCAGCAGCAGCAUGGGCUCGCAACUCCCCACCCUGUGGCACACAUCUACGCACAACCCUCCCCUCUAAACCACCAUCUCCACCCCUCCAUAGACUCCCCCGGCAUGACCACCCUCCUGGUCCUCGCCCCCCUCGCCAACACCCUGAUCGACCACGCCCUAACCGCGACCACCACUCCAACCCCCAGCACCGGCACACUGACCAAACCCAUCGCAAAAGCCCCGCACACAUUCGUUACGAUAACACGGCCGCACAACAUCAGCUUCGCGCGCCCAACCCACAUCGUGGAGGUGAAUCCGCAGUGGCCGCAAGUCGGGACGAUUGUCAGUGAGAGCGACAUUCCUGAGAGGUGGCGCGAGACGUAUGAGAUGAGGGAGCUGAAGAUUCAGUAUGGUGCGCUUGGAGCGAUUUGUGGGAUUUUUGUACUGGGGGUGCUGGGGGUGAUUGCGGUGGGGUGGUGGAAGUGCUGGUGGCACGGUGAGUGUGUGUGCUCGAGGAGGAGGAACAAGGUGAACAAGCAGAGGUUUGACUGGUAUGGAUAG